AUGUUCGCCCGCCUCACCCAGCUGUCCCGCCACAUCCCCUCGGCCCAGACACUCACCCAAGCCGUCAAGCCCGCUUUUCCUCUCUCCGGCCUCGCCCGCGCCAGAAUCAUGGUCUCGGCCGACGAGCGCAACACCCGCACCAUCCACACGGCGGCAUGUCUGAUUAUCGGGGAUGAGGUGCUCGGUGGGAAGACCGUUGAUACCAACUCGGCGUACAUGGCCAAGUGGUGCUUCUCCUUGGGUAUUAACUUGAAGAGAGUCGAGGUCAUCGAGGACGAUGAGAGCGAGAUCGUCGAGGCCGUCAGGCGCAUGAGCGACCGCUACGACUUUGUCGUUACCAGCGGAGGAAUCGGACCAACGCACGACGACAUCACCUACCAGUCAAUAGCCAAGGCCUUUGACCUGCCCCUCGUCCUCAACCAAGACGCCUUCGAGCGCAUGAAGAGGCUCUCGAAGCCGCACCCGAACCAGCCGCACUUCGACUGGGACGUCGACUCCCCGGCUCUGCAGGCGAAGCUGCGGAUGGUCAUCCUCCCCACCGACGAGAAGCGAGACCCCAGCAAGCAGUUCCUCUUCCCCCACGAGGAUCUCUGGGUCCCCGUCAACGUCGUCAACGGCAACAUCCACAUCUUGCCCGGCGUCCCGCGCCUCUUCGAGAAGCUCCUGGACGGCCUGAAGCCGAGCAUCGUGCCCAGGCUCACCGACCCGGAGGGCAAGGGCCUCUGCCGUGUGCUCAUCUCCACGCCGCUCCCGGAGAGUGCCGUCGCCGGAUACCUGACCCAACUCGCGGCCAAGGUGGAGCCCAAGGGCGUCAAGGUCGGCAGCUACCCUCUGUGGGAACAAAACGGCACGGUCACGCUGGUUGGACGGGACCAGGCCUUCAUCGAGAGCAUCGUGGACGAGGUCGUGGAAGGUGUUCAGGGCAAGCGCGUAUAUGCCGAGGGCGAGGAUGAUACCACAGCCAAAGCGGGAAAGGGCAUCGAGUAA